AUGGCAUUCGACGUCAACUUUCUGGCGCCCAGCCAAGUUGGGCGGAUGCCGGUGCCAACGGCCGCGAGGCUCAGCAGCUUCUGGCUUUGCAUGGGUCUUUGCUUCAACAUCUUCAUUCUGAGCCACCUGGGCUGGGAGGCAAGCUCGGGGUUCAUGCAAGGCUUCGUUUUGGAGUACAUGCUGAGCUUCGACAAUUUAUUCGUUUUCCAUUUGAUUUUUGCCUACUACUGUACUCCAGAGGCACUGGUUUAUCGUGCUCUCUACUUCGGCAUUGUGGGGGCAAUCGCCUUCCGUGUUCUUCUGAUUACAUUGGGUUACUCUCUGGUGAAUACCGGGGUUUUUUUUGGUCAAGUUCGGCUUCGGCGCUUUGCUCAUCUACAGCGGCUGGAAGACAGCAGCGGAUGA